AGCCAUUAUAGCGUCGCGCACACUGCACGUACAGCGCAGAGGCGCGCGUUUAUAGCAACGGCAGCAAAAUCUUAACAUUAACGAAGCUAAACAAUAGUGUCGCUAUAUAUUAAAAUAAGUUUACGUUUGUUUGAAAAGAAAGAGAAAAUAAUUGUAAAAUAAUUAUAAAUUCACGGCAACACCCGGUUUAAAAUGGCGGCAGAUAAAAUCCUCGCUCUGGCCAAGUUUUGGAGGAACAUUCGUCCCAACAUUCCGGCUAAGAAGAUCCGGGACAAGUCUGUGCUGGUGACGGGAUGCGACUCCGGCUUUGGACUGUCACUCGCGCAGCACCUCCACUCAAAGGGCUUCAAAAUCUUCGCCGGAUGCCUCCUGAAGGACAAGGGAGGCGAUGGCGCCAAGCAGCUGGAGGCGAUGAAGUCGGAGAGGCUAAAGGUCGUGCAGAUGAAUGUGGCGAGUGACGACGAGGUCGCGAAGGCCGUCGAAUUCAUCAGGAGCAGCCUACCCGACCCUGAAGACGGCCUGUGGGGCGUGGUGAACAACGCGGGGAUCUCGACGUUUGGAGAGAUCGAGUGGACGCCCAUGGAGACCUACAAGAACGUGGCGGAGGUGAACCUGUGGGGCAUCGUGCGCACCACCAAGGCGUGCCUGCCGCUCAUCCGGCGAGCUCGCGGGCGGGUGGUGAACAUCUCCAGCAUGAUGGGCCGCAUGGGCAACACGGCGCGCUCCCCGUACUGCAUCACCAAGUUCGGCAUCGAGGCGUUCUCCGACUGCCUGCGCUACGAGAUGAUGCGCUGGGGCGUCAAGGUGUCCGUCGUGGAGCCGGGCAACUUCAUCGCGGCGACGGCGCUGUACGGCGAGGACCGUGUCAAGGAGAUCGCCGACGGCAUGUGGGCCAAGAUGCCGCCGCAAGUGCAGAGCGAUUACACGCGCGAGUACUUUGACCGCCAGGUCACCAUCAUGCUGUCGUACACCGGCGGCGGAUCGACGGACGUGUCUCCCGUCAUCGACGACAUCCAGGAUGCGCUCACAUCGUACUUCCCGCUCACGCGCUACACCCCGAUGGACGCCUACUGGUGGACCCGCGUGCAGGCCAUCACACACCUGCCCGCCGGCAUCUCCGACCGCAUUUACUUCUCGAAGAAGUAGCUUCCCUCUUGACCCGUGCCCCCGUCGCUUGGGGUUCCCACUCGGCCCAAGAGGGCGUCCUCCGGCUGAACGCCAGGACGCGCUGGGAUAGCGGAAGUGUAUUUUCAAAGUUUGUUGUCUUUCCCCCUCAACCCACACCCACCCAGUUCCGUCCUGAUUGUGUGAUAUCGGUGUUGUCUCACGAUGAGAAAACCUUCGCAGAGCAGUGCCACUCUUGAUUUGUGGUCCGUGCAAGCGGAUAUCAUGGAAUUACCUCCGAGAUCCACGCAGUAGGGAGUGCAGUGCUUUGCCACCCGGGAGUCAAAGGGAUUUUUCAAUGACUAGCUUCUGUUGCUAUCCGUACGCGCCUCUCUCAUUCUCACCCGCCGCAUUCCAUUGCCCAAGAUGAAACUUAACAAAGGUGCAACUCUGCCUGAGGUUGUCAUUAUUUUUAUGCCGCAGACGCCCGUUACGUAAAUAUAUAUAUAUAUACUCAUAUCUGCCCACUCUUAGAAACGUUACCUGGACAGUACCUGGUACAUCCACUCGUUAAAAAGUCUCCAGCACUUGUUAUAUUUUAUACUUGUAUUUAUAACUUCCAGAUUUAUGCCCUCAUGUCAGUGAUCUGCCUGUAGACUGCAGUAUCGUACGAUCUGCAGAACGCCCAUAGGCCGUGGCAUCGUACGAUCUGCAGAACACCCGUAGGCCGUGGCAUCGUACGAUCUGCAGAAUGCCCGUAGGCCGUGUGUGAUCUGCAGAACGGUACCACCCAUUGGCCUCCAACCCGUCUCGCACCGCCACUCGGCACCCUCGUGUCGUUCACAGCCAUGGUGAUGACGAUAACUUCGUGUUUUCCCCCAACUUCGCCCUCUGUGGUGUCGCUGUAACCCCUAUAGCAGUGUUUACAUCCCAUAUGCCGAGAUAAUACCUGAAUUUAGUUUGGCGUAGUCCACGUUAAUUGCAGCCCAUAACGCUGUACAUUAAUUAUAUAUAACGACCAAGUCCUAAACACAGCCACUAUCAAGCAAAUGAAAACCCCUACUACUGAGCAAAAUAAAAAUUAAACAAAUGGCACCAAAGCAAAAGGCACGAAACAAUUGCACGUAUGUGUUCUCGUCUGCCUUGAAAGGUCUUCCCCCGCUGUAGGAGUUUUCUGCAUCCGUCCUUUCUGAAUGUCUUUGAGGUCAUGACCUGAUAAGAGGAACAGCCCGGGUUAAGAUACGAGGGAGGAGGGGGGGGAGGGGAGUGUUGCGCAGUGUAAAUAACCUGGGCGUUGGAUCGACAGCGCAGCUAUUGGCCGUUGUGCUUUACAGCCCUCGCAGCCGGUUCCCUUCCCAGCAGAGGUCGCAACCGGGUACCCGUACCCUACCCGAUACCCGGCUACCCGUACCCAGCCGGGUACGGGUACCCGUUUGCGACCCUGGUGCGGCCGGGUACGGGUAAGGAAUCAAAACCCGUUUGUGACCUCUGCUUCCCAGAGACUUUCUCGUGGCAUGCGGAGCGAGGCGUUGGGGACGUCGUGCCGAACGGCAAACGCGGCGCAACCCGAAACCGCAUCGGGAGUUCUGACUGCUCACAAGUAAUUGGGCGUUUUGUAAAAAAAAAUGCGUUUGCAGUCGUUGCCGGGACUCGGUGUUCGCCACUUCCGAUGUAUGCGCCGGUCGUUGCAUGCGCAAGCGAAACGGCCGUGGACGUUAACUUGAAAAAAGGGAUCGCGGUUUUAAAAGGGAGGCUCGCGAAGAAGCCAUCAUCUCUGGGUUGCAACGUUACCGUUUGUUAUUUUGCCCGCUCCGCGCUGGCGAAGCUUUUUACGCGGCGUUACACUCAAAAGCGGAGGAUGACAAGGUAAUAGACCCCCCCCCCCCCCGUGAAACAAAAUUUGCACUUAAGACUCCUGAGAAUAGUCGAGGAAGCUCGGCAAAAUUCGAAGGUCGGUUGAUGUUUGGGCCACAUUAUUGGCGGCAAUCCACUUAAUUGAAUCGCCAUGAAACUGCGAAAUGGUUUAGUUGACAAUGGCGAGUGUUGUUCUCAUCUUUGUGAAAACGUCCCCGUUUUCUUGGUUCUUUCGGUAAAGUCACGUAGAAGGGAAAUAAUAAAAUAAUAAAAAUAAAAUAUGUAUUCUCUUAUUUGUAUUUUAUUAUUUCCCUUCUACGUGACUUUACCGAAAGAACCAAGAAGAUGAAUCCCUGCAGUCACGAAAGCUUGAAAUCGAAAUUUAACGUCCCCGUUGGUUAUUUCCCCGUUUCCAUCCACAAUUAUACGAUAAAGAAGUAUUGCUCCGCGGUGAGGCUCGUAACUUCUCUGCCGUACGGCAGAAGAGCGUGCACAUUAUUUGAGCUCCGUCGCACAAUCCCAGCCGGGUGCGCCAGACUAUUCCGAAUUAAGCCACUAACGUGUGAAAGACACGGGCCAGAUGGCUGUCGAAGCAAAAUGAAGGUGGUUUGAAUUUUUGUAAGGAUCCGUUAAAGGGCCAAAAUGUGGAUUAAGGGCACUUCGUUUUUUUUAUUUAGAACCUUGUGUUGUUAUCGGUGCCGUGAGCAUGUGUUCAGCAAUGAACAGAGUUACCUACCGCUUGACUUGAAAUGCUAAACAAACCCCCUGCGAAUCUUACCUGUUUAAUAUGCUCACUUGAAAAAUAAUUUUGACGUCAAGCGACUAAGAGAAGAAAAAAAAACUGGAAUUCUCCGCUCCAUGCACAUUUUUAUUUCGAACUUAUUUUCACAGGUCUCGCUCAAAUCCCCCCCCCCCACUCCCAACUUCUUUACGUAUUGGUUUAAUAUUAUAUUCCGUUGCACGCUUUAUUUUCUUUCACUGUUACGUUGUACGUCGGAGAGCAGGGAGCGUGAAGUUACAUUCAGAUGUUGGGCCGAAUUAACCCCUUAACGGUGCGGCACGCCGUAGCUUUGUCUGUCAUCGUUGCGUCCCGCCUUGCAACCUGUGAAUGCUGCAGCCCAAACGACUAAAGUGCAAACGCGUUUGUGAAACCACAGAGGGACGUGGCGAGUACCGACAGUGCUAAACACAAAAGGUGACUUGGUGUAAAAAAUAAAAUAAAAAUUGAGAUACCUUUCA